AUGGAGAAAGCAAUUUCGUCGACGGAAAGGGCCGCACAGAAAGCAGCCGAUACCGUUCACAGCGGAACUGAUCGAUCCUCUCAUGUGCAAGUCAAUAAACUCUUGGACGUCGAUGGAAGAGUGGCACUGGUUACUGGCGGUGGUUCUGGCAUCGGUCUUAUGGCCACGCAAGUCUUAGCGAGGCACGGCGCCAAAGUAUAUAUCGUCGGCCGUACUCAAGAUAAGCUCGAGAAGGUGGUCGAGACUUACGGCAAGAAUAUCCCCGGUCAGAUUAUUGCCUUGACCUACGACGUAACUCAGAAGGACCAAAUCGAUGCGCUCUAUCAGGAGAUCAGCUCGCGCGAGAAGUGCCUCUGCAUUCUGAUCAACAAUGCCGGAAUUGGAAGCAACACCUUUGAGACCAAGGCCUCAUCAGCAGAGGAGAUGAAGUCGAAUUUGUUCAGCCAUCCCAAGGCCACCUUCGAAGAGUGGACCUCCACCUACCAAGCUCUAGUCGCGCAAGUGUAUUUCAUGACAACGGCCUUCCUGCCAUUGCUCCAUCGCUCCACCGAGAGGCACGAAGGUUACUCUGGAACGGUCAUCAACAUUGCGUCAGUCUCCGGCAUGAUCAAGAGUGCACAGCAUCAUUUUGCGUACAGCACGGCAAAAGCAGGGACGAUCCAUCUCAGUCGCACGCUAGCAAGCGAAAUUGCCGAUAACGGACUUAAAAUCCGGGUCAACAGUAUCUCGCCGGGAGUAUUCCCCACUGAGUUGACAACGGGAGGUAGCGACGAGAACCAGAAGAGUGAGCUGAGCAAAGAGUUAUUUGAAGGGAGGAUUCCGGCAGGGAGACCUGGUAAAGAUGAAGACAUCGCUAGCGCGAUCUUGUUCUGCGCCGCCAACCAGUAUAUCAACGGACAGAACUUGGUUGUCGAUGGAGGCUACACGCUGGCUGCUGGAAUGUAG